GUUCAGGUAAUGAGAGCUUGCCAUUUGGCCUUUAAAACAGCUAAACUGCAUUUAAGUUUUUUUUCUGCAGUCAAAUGAAGUAGCCUCCAGUGGCCAUAUGGAGUUGGAAGGGCUGAAAAGAACAAUAAAAAACCUCCAUGACAGUGGAAUCGCAGUGCUUGAGAUCGUGACGGACCGCCAUCCACAAGUGCGGAAGUACUUAAGGACACACCAGCCUCCUCUGCUCCAUCUUUUUGAUGCAUGGCAUGUCAGCAAAGGCGUCAAAAAGCAGCUUAUCGCUGCUGGCAAGCACCGAGGCUGCGAAUUGAUUGGCCUCUGGAGGCGGUCUAUCAUAGCACAUCUCUACUUCGCCGUCGGAGUUGGAAAGGGCAAUGGGGAUCUUGCCAUAGCUGUGUGGCUCUCCCUCCUGAAUCACAUCCAGGACAAGCACACUGGACACGGCCUGCUGUACCCGGAGUGCAAGCAUGGGGAGCUGGAACGAAGGAAGUGGAUCUUGCCAGGUAUCAUCUAUCCGAAUAUUCCUUUCAUAAAGUUUUAGAAAUAAUAGGUGCAAAAUGAUUACUUGAGCCAGUGGACUGGCACUAAGAAAAAGAACCUGCAAUAAGGACAGCACAUAAAAACAUUCCACAAACAGCAUUCGCUUUUCUUUGAAUUUCAUUUUUUUUCACAAUUCUUAAUGUAACAACCAGUCUUGUGUUUCUAAUUGUUUUC